AUGCCUUUCGAUCUCACAAAUGCACCAGCCACCUUCCAGUCGCUUAUGAACCAAGUUUUUAGACCGUUUUUACGUCGAUUUGUCCUUGUUUUCUUUGAUGACAUUCUAGUUUACAGCCAUGAUGUAUCCACACAUGAAUCACAUUUGGGGAUAGUGUUCAGCAUCCUUAGAGAUCAUAAAUUGUAUGCUAACCAGAAGAAAUGUGUCUUUUGUCAAGAAAGGAUUCAGUACUUGGGUCAUCUAAUCUCUUCCAGUGGGGUAGAAGCGGAUAGAGACAAAAUUAAGGCGAUGGUCAAUUGGCCACAACCGAAGAACAUCACUGAAUUGCGGGGGUUCUUAGGCUUAACAGGAUACUACCGUCGGUUUGUGAAGGGUUAUAGUAGCCGAGCUGCUCCUUUCACCAAGUUACUCCAGAAGAAUGGUUUUAGAUGGAGUGAGAAAGCCACCGAAGCCUUCGAGGAUCUCAAGAGUUAG